AUCACACUACCUUUUGUUGCUGAAAUCUUUUUUUUCCCUGAAGCUCACAGAGCAGUCAUGUGAAGACGGGAGAGUUCAUUCCAUGGAGGAGGGGAUGUCUGCAGAAGAGCUCCUGUUUGUUUCUGAGUGCCUGAAAGUUUCCAGUUGCAUAGUACAGACUUUCAUGAUAGCACUGGAGACUUUUCUGAUUGUCUGACACGUUUAAGAACCAGUUAAUGGUUAUCUAGGACAAUCUGUGUCCCUAUAGGAGCUGCUGUCUCACUGAAGCGGCGUGGAGGACUCCAGGCUAAGUUGUAGAGGGACUAGGCUGUGAAGUUUCUUUAGGGGGGAUGCCAACUCUGCAGCUUGGUGGCUCUGCUGGGAUGGGAAAUUACACAGAGAGGAGAAACUAUGACUGCUCAGGUUGUGGGACACACAUCUAAACACACUAUAAGAAAUUAUUUAUCAGGAGGUCGUAUGGUAACAGAUUGAGUUGUUUUUAUACAAGGAGCUUGUUAAACCAGAACAUCACUAUGGAAGAGGAGCAGGCAGUGAGUCCAGAGCCACAGGCUGAGGGCACUUCAACUGAUGCUUUCUCCCAACUCUGGACAGAUGUGAUGGGGAUUCUGGAUGGUUCAUUGGGUAACAUUGACGACCUUGCUGAGCAAUACUCUGAUUACUAUAACACCUGCUUUACUGAUGUGUGUGAGAGAAUGGAGGAGCUGAGAAAGCGUCAUGUGUCUCAAGAACUUGAUGUGGAGAAUUCCGAUGCCAGUUCCACGUCAUUACAGCUGCGAUCACAAAUUGAAGAAUCACUUGGAUUCAGCAGUGCAGUGUCAACACCAGAGACUGAAAGAAAGCUUUCACUGCAUAAAUCAAGCUCUGAAGAAGGCUCAGUAGGAAAAGUUGACUGGAAAAAGAAAAAUAAGUUUUUCUGGCAAAAUUUCCGCAAGAGCCAAAAAGGAAUGAUGCGACAGUCUUCAAAAGGGGAGGAUGUUGGAUACCUUGCCAGUGAGAUUACAAUGAGUGAUGAAGAGCGAAUCCAACUCAUGAUGAUGGUGAAGGAAAAGAUGAUUACUAUUGAGGAAGCGCUUGCCAGGCUGAAAGAGUAUGAAUCCCAGAAAACGCCAUCAAGCAACCAGGACUCACCAGAAGGGGUUGAUGGUUCUUAUCCAACCUGUGAAGAGUCUUCUAACUGUAAUUCGAGAGAUCAGUCAGAAGAUGAAUCAGAGGAAUCGGUGAAAUUUAAAAGGCUUCAUAAGCUGGUGAAUUCCACAAGGCGAGUCAGAAAAAAACUUAUUAGGGCAGAAGAAAUGAAGAAACCCAACAAUGAAGGGCUGGAAGAUAACACAAUUCACAGUUCUCCUGUAGUGGAUGACAAAUCUGCACUUUACUCAGGGGUCCAUAAGAAGCCAGUGUGUAAAGAUAAUUCACUGGAAAAGUCUGAAGAGGACUCCCUGUCUUUAUCUCAUCCCUCCGGGAACUUUGAUACAAUGACUAUAAAUAGAAAGCUAGUAAAGACUUUAAGUAAAUCUGAUAACCGGGGUCUUAUCAAGCCCCCCAAGAAAAUGGGUACAUUUUUUUCUUAUCCUGAGGAGGACAAGUCUCAAAAGGUGUCACGUUCAAUGACAGAACGAGAGAUGAAGAAAAGCCUGAGUUCCUUAAGCCAUGGGAGGACAUGCAGUUUUGGUGGCUUUGAUCUAACUAAUCGUUCUUUGCAUGUUGGAAAUAAUGGUGGCCAAUUGGACAAAGAAGGAGAAUUUAUCUACAAAGAAGUAAUCAAGUCUCCCACCACCCCACGCAUUUCACUUGGUAAAAAAGUGAAGUCUGUCAAGGAAACCAUGAGGAAAAGAAUGUCCAAAAAGUACACAAAUUCUGUGUCAGAACAGGACUCCAGCAUUGACGGAAUGCCAGGCUCACCGGGAAUCCCCAACCCCCUACCAACACGCUUGAAAAAACCUAAACUUAAAGCAGGCGGCUCUGUAGAAAGUCUUCGGAGCUCGCUAAGCGGGCAGAGUUCUAUGAGCGGUCAGACUGUAUGUACAACAGAUUCGUCCGCCAGCAACAGGGAAAGUGUCAAGUCUGAAGAUGGUGAUGAUGAGGAACCGCCUUACAGGGGGCCUUUCUGCGGUAGAGCAAGAGUUCACACAGAUUUCACACCAAGUCCUUAUGACUCAGAUUCUCUGAAACUCAAGAGAGGAGACAUUAUUGAUAUUAUAAGCAAGCCUCCCAUGGGCACUUGGAUGGGUCUAUUAAACAAUAAGGUUGGAACCUUUAAAUUUAUAUAUGUGGAUGUGAUAAAUGAAGUAGAGGAAAAACCAAAACGGCCCACAAGAAGGCGACGCAAGGGAAGACCACCAAAGCCCAAAUCGGUAGAAGAUCUUCUAGAUCGCAUCAAUUUAAAGGAGCACAUGCCAACUUUUCUGUUUAAUGGUUAUGAGGACCUAGACACCUUUAAGCUUCUUGAGGAAGAAGAUUUAGAAGAAUUGAAUAUUCAAAACCCUGAACACAAAGCAGUGCUACUUACAGCUAUUGAGCUGCUGCAAGAAUAUGACAGUAAUAGUGACCACUCUGGGUCUCAAGAAAAGCUUCUCACAGAAGGAGAAAGUAAAAGUGGGUGUUCUCCCCGAGACUCAGGCUGCUUUGAAAGCAAUGAGAACCUAGAGAAUGGUAAAUGUCAGAAGACCUCCCCUGUUUCUCCUGUGGAUGCAUCAAACCGUGACUUUAACAGAAAUUCAUUAAUUGAAUAUCCAAUGCAGUCAUUAUCUGUUUCCAAGGAAGUUACCAAGCUGGAAGAAAAUGAUGGAAAGCUUCAUGUUUCUGCUGGUUGUGUAAAGUCAGUUAAUAUCCCAGAAUCUAAAAUAAAUCGGAGAAGUAUGCCAAUUCCAGUUUGUAGGAGUUAUGAGAAAGAAGGAACCCCUACUUUAAAAAUUUGGACAAGAUCUCACUCUUUGGUCAAUCUGCAAGGGGACGACAAUGAAGAGCAGGAGGAUAACAAAAACGUAGCAAACCUUCCAAAAGACAGUGAAAAAGAUGGGUCUAAAGAUCUUAUUGUAAAAGAAACUGUUAGUGCACAUACCAGGCUUUCUUGUAAUUAUGCUUCAAAAAGUAGCCAUGGACCUCAGGUUGUGUCUGUUUGUCCUAGAGAGACAAAAAUUCAAACAAAGAACCCUUCACAACCUCCUCCUGUUCCUGCUAAAAAAUGUAGAGAACGAUUUGCUAAUGGUUUGUAUCAUCCCCCUCUUUGUGCUUCUGUUUCAAAUUCAGAAGAAAUGUGUUUUCCAGUUACAAAAGUGCAACCUUUGAUCUCUGAAGACUGUUCUCCAUUGGCGUCUCCUGCAUCAGAAUGCAGUAGCCCAACAUCUCCAAGACCACCUUGGAUGUCCAACUCUUCAGAGACUUCUAGUAUCAUACAACAUGCUUUAAAACUGGGACCUGUAUCAGCAAGAAAGAUUUCUUCUGCCAGAGGAAUGGAUCAGGAGUUGCUGAUAGAAAACAAGUUGCAAUCUGAAGAAAUUGACCUUACAGAAGAACCAUAUUCAGAUAAGCAUGGUCGCUGGGGAAUUCCCGAAGCUUUAAUUGAACGAUAUGCAGAGGAUCUCAGCCAGUUGACAAAAGAAGUUGCGACUGUAAUGGACCAGAUUCGAGUUAGACACUUAAGGAAAUUGCAUCGUAUGGCAAUCCCAAGUGGAGGACUUACUGAAAUAUGCCGAAAGCCCAUUUGCCCGGGUCAGAUUUCUACUGUCACAGAUUGGCUUGUUUCUAUUGGACUACCUAUGUACAUCCGGCCAAUCACAGAGGCAGGAUUCACCGAACUAAGUAAAGUGCCUACUCUUUCAAAGACUCACUUACUGCAAGCUGGUAUAAAAGAGGAAAAGCAUAUUAACAAGCUCCUAAGUGCAGCAAGACUCGUUAAAAUGAUUACUCCAGAGGUUGUUUAAACCAAUUGCUUUUUCAGAGACCUGCUUCUGCUGUCCAAUCUUAAAAUAUGCGGGCUAAGAUCAAAAGCACAUGGAUUUCCUAACAAGAUAUCCUAAACUGACUUGAAUCUUCUAUAUGAUGACUCUAAGCAGUCUUACAUUGGACUUUCAGCUGCUUUGCUUGACUGAAAUGAUUGUACAUACUAAAUGUGUGUUGUGCAGCAAAUAGCAAAAAUGACAAACAAGUGCUUUGCCGUGUUGUACUGUUUAUCAUCAUUCCAACAGUGAGGGGCCAUAGCUACACAUAGCAACACAUGGAUUCAGCUAUCUAGCACCUCAACAUGACUAAUACCAUUGUGCUGUCUCAUUACUGAGAAUUCAGUAUUGUUUGGGGCUUCUUCAUAAUAACCAAAUUAUUUUGCCUUAAAACAUAUUUUAGUAUAAUGUGUAUAUUGUAUUGUUUUAUUACUGGUUGACCAUUUUUAAGUUUAUCAUCUGGCUUCCAGACAAAUGUAAUAUGCAAUAUGUGGGAUAUGUUUUCUGACUUCAAGGUUCAUUUAUAGCAAACACUAUUGGACUUAAGUACAAUUUUCAUCUUCUCCUGUUAGUGCUUCCUAAAAGGUCUCUGCCACACUAUCCAUAUCCUGCUAGUCAAAGACUAUAAGGUUAUUAAUUCAAUUCCAUUUAUUGGGCCUAUUCCAAAAAAGUGAUGAUUUUAAACCUUACCUGCGGUAUGAUUGAAAUAUAAGGUAAGACCAAAAACAUUGCUUUUCUCGGAUAUCUCACCAAUAUAUGGACUUUAAAUUAAAUAUCCAUAAUAGUGGAAAAAUGUACAUGCUUUAGUUGUUUUCUCUCUGGUAACUCAGCGAAUCUCUACAGCUCCUGAACAGUAUUUUAACUAUGUGUUUAACCCCUUUGUGUGGGUUAAACACAGCAUUGCAGAGUCACUAGUGAUUACAUUACAUGCUCUAACCAAUUAAAAACAUGUAUUUUUUCACAGUUUAGGGCCUAUUAAAACAUUGAUUGUU